AGCUUCGAAGGAAUCCAGCGACUCGUCGCGACGCUGCGCUCGCCUGACGGCUGCCCCUGGGACAGGGAUCAGUCCGCCGACUCUCUUAAACAUCUCUUCCUCGAGGAGUGCUACGAGCUCGUGGAGGCAAUCGAAGAGGGCGACGUGGAGAAGAUCGCUGAAGAGCUGGGCGACGUGCUCUUUCAUGGCGCAUCGCAGAUCCAGAUCGCCGAGGAGCAGGGGGACUUCAGCGGGGCAGACGUCUUCCGGCAGGUCAUCGAAAAGCUGGUUCGUAGGCAUCCGCAUGUUUUCGGAGACGCCGUGGUGGAGGACCCGGAGGAGGCAGUACCGCGCUGGGACCAGAUAAAGCGCCAGGAGAUGGCAGGCACCGACAGGUCUAUACUGGAUGGCGUACCAAAGGCGAUGCCUGCUAUGGGCUACGCUCAAGCUGUACAGGGACGAGCGGCGCGGAUGGGUUUCGACUGGGACGCCUAUCCCGGCGUGUUGGACAAGGUCGUGGAGGAGCUUCGGGAGUUGGAAACGGCAGAGAGCGACGACGCCCGCGAAAUGGAGCUGGGCGACCUGCUGUUCUCUAUGGUCAACGCGAGCCGCUGGAUGGGAAUCGAGGCUGAGACCGCCCUUCGACGCCCAACCGCAGGUUCUACUCAAGGUUCACGACGAUUGAGCGCUUGGCCAGAAGCCGCGGACUCGAUUUCGAGUCGCUGUCCCUCGACGCGAAAGAAGAGCUGUGGCAGGAAGCCAAGAGAGGCGAAGUCCGGUGAACCGUUUAGAGGCUCGUCGGUCUCACCUGCCUCAGGCUCUUGA